GAAAUGGCAUGGUGGAGUUGUUGGCAAGGAUGGUUGCAUAUAUGGCAUUCCAUCGCAUGCGGAUGCUGUUCUGAAGAUUGAGCCAUCCACAGGUUCAGUGCGAACCAUCGGACAGCCGAUUGAAAGUGGUACUUGGAGGCCGAAUGGCAAAUACAAGUAUGGCGGUGGGGUGGUUGCAGAUGAUGGUACCAUCUACUGCUUCCCUAGCGAUGCAGACUUUGUUUUGAAGAUCCUGCCGGAGAAGGAGGAGGUAGUGACCAUCGGCCCACGCUUUGAAGGGCACAACAAGUGGCAAAAUGGCUUUGUCGGAAAAGAUGGGAAUGUGUACGCUAUUCCUUGCAAUGCGCCUGGUGUACUGCAGAUCAAUUGCCGCACUGACCGGGUACAGAUGCUGCCCAUCGAUAUGGAGCCUUGGCCGUGUGCAGUUGAAUUGUGCGGGCACCUGUUUGGUGCCGUUAGAUGCCGUUAG